AUGCCGACUCAACUAGACAAAGCCCUGAGCUCUAAGAACCUUCUUCUCGGCUUCGCCGGUAUUAUCACUGCCGUAUCUGCUUGGUCGAUAUGGGGCAGCGACAUGUUUCCUGCUGAACCAGAUCCCAAAGGAGAACCCGAAGAAUGGACGACAGAAGAGUUGAAAAGAUGGCUCCGAGCAAGAAAUCUUAUGCCUUCAGACGAGGCAUCCCGAGAAGCACUCAUAGAACGAGUCAGGGCAAAUUUGCGACCAACGAGGAGUUGA